AUGUCGCUCCCCGAUUUCUCCCAGGCUGCUAACCUCACCAAGCUCGACGGCUACCUCGCCGACAAGUCCUACGUUGACGGCCACUCGCCCUCGCAGGCCGAUGUCGCCGUUCACGAGGCUCUCGGCAAGGCCCCCGACGCCGACAAGUUCGCCCACGUCGCCCGCUGGUACGAGCACAUCACCUCGUACGAGGCUGAGCACAAGGACCUGACCGGUGACAAGGCCAAGGCCGCCACCCUCCUCUCCUCCACCUUCGCCGCCGCCGCUCCCGCCGCUGCCGAGGACGACGAUGACGUCGACCUCUUCGGCUCCGACGACGAGGUCGACGAGGAGGCCGAGCGCAUCAAGGCCGAGCGUGUUGCCGAGUACAACAAGAAGAAGGCCGCCAAGGGCCCCGGCCCCGCCGCCAAGUCGCUCGUCACCCUCGACAUCAAGCCUUGGGACGACGAGACCGACAUGAAGGAGCUCGAGGCUUCCGUCAAGGCCAUCGAGAUGGACGGCCUCGUCUGGGGCUCCACCAAGCUCGUCGCCAUCGGCUACGGUGUCAGCAAGCUCCAGUGCUCCCUCGUCGUCGAGGACGCCAAGGUCUCGCUCGACGAGCUCCAGGAGCGCAUCAUCGACGAGUGCGAGGACUACGUCCAGUCCACCGACGUCGCCGCCAUGGCCAAGAUCUAA